AUGGAUUUCCGGCCGAAGGCAUUGGUUCGGGCGGCCCGAGUCGAUGUCCACGCUAGGCGGCCCCGUGGUCCAUCGUUAACUGCUUGUCCGUUGCUCGCUACUACCCGAGGGAUACCGGCCCAGGUCAAAACUCCGGCGGUGUCAGUAGCUAAUCGUAAGACGGAGGAGAAGUCCAGCGAGCUCUGCCGAGAUUUCCUCCAUGGACGUUGCAGCCGGGGUGAUAAGUGUCGCUUCGCUCACGAGGCGGGGGUUUGCCGGAUAUGGGCUCGCCAGGGCACCUGCAAGUAUGGGGAUAAGUGCAAGUUCGCGCAUGCUACUGCAAAACCUACACCGCUCCCCCAGGGGGGCAAGGCACGCCCAGCCGCGACUGCGGCGCCUCUUCGUACCGUGGACGGCCCAGAAGACGACGACGAGGGUGAUGUUCCAGUCGAGGAUGAGCAGGUCCAGCUAUUAUGGACUAUGGGCAGCGGCGAAAAAGAAGGUCAGGAACGCCGGGCUCUGAGCAAGCAAAGUGGUCCAACGUUGUCACUCAAGUUCGCCAACGGGGAGCCUCCGUUGAUUGGGUUACUCGAUAGCGGUGCUGUGAAGAACUAUAUAUCGGAAUCUGAAGCUCAAGCUCGUGGGUUUGUUUCCCUCCGAGGAACGGUUAGAGCUGCGGUGUGCUUGGGUCCUCGCGUUCACGACGUCGACUUUAUGGUCUUGCCGAACAUCCUGCAGUGUGGAUCGGACCCCGUAUGCAUCCUAGGGGUUCAGACGAUUUCAGGACCCACGAGGGAGGCCGACAAGUGGUUGUGCGGACGGACCCCCCCG